UGCCUGCGGACUGUCUCUCUCUCCAUCCCGCAGCAGGUUGCUGUGGCCCGACACGAUCAGCUGCACGGACCCCCUCCGGACUGAACCGAGCCGAACCGAGCCGAGCCGAGGCUGCAGGAGGAGCCCAUCCCGAGCCAAGCCGAGCCUGCCGGCAGUCAGUGUGCUCAGCGGGGAGUCUGCAGCUGUGAGUCCGUCUGGAUGGAGGCUCCGGGCGGCCCGAGGUGGAGGAGCGUCCCGCUGCUGGUUCUUCUGCUCUGCUGCACCGCCGCUCCGGGACAUGCUGAAAGAGUGUGUCACUGUACCGGGAAGUCUCUCUGUCACUGCGAUGGGGUCAAAGGUCAAAAGGGUGAACCUGGUUACCCUGGUUACGACGGAAUUCCUGGAGUGAUUGGUUACCCUGGAAACGAGGGCAACCAGGGCGCAUCCGGAGAAAAGGGUGAGCGGGGAGCAGCAGGAAGCUCAGGACUAAAGGGCUCUCGGGGUCUUCCAGGAAAACCAGGUUUCCCAGGACCUCCAGGGCUGCCGGGACUCCCUGGACAUGAAGGAGCCAUCGGCCAACCAGGACUCCCAGGAUGCAACGGGACAAAGGGGGAUGUUGGUUACCCAGGAUACCCUGGGAUUUCAGGGCCUGUCGGCCUUCGAGGUCGGCCAGGACCGAGAGGUCUAAAGGGAGACACGUACAACUAUCCUGUCCCUCAGGAUAUUAAAGGAGUACCAGGACCACGAGGACCAGAUGGAGAAAAUGGGGUAAUCGGAGAGCCAGGUGAACCAGGCCUGCCAGGACCACAGGGAUCCGCUGGACUUCCUGGCAGUCCAGGGUUGCCGGGGUUACCAGGAGAGAAGGGUCAGGAGGGCCCCAGUCCAGUGAUCCCAGGGCCCCAGGGGCAGAAGGGUGAUAGCGGCCCGCCGGGGAUUCCUGGACAGAAAGGAAUUAAAUUGUACGCUGAAGGACCCAAAGAGCUGAAGGGAGAACCAGGUGCCAUUGGACUGAAAGGCUGUCAAGGACCUCCUGGUGUGCCGGGGAAAGUGGGAGUUAAAGGAGAGAAGGGCGGCAGAGGUGAUCCGGGCUCACUAGGUAAACCAGGGAAGGAUGGAGUCCCUGGAGAGCUGGGACAACCGGGAGAGCCAGGGGAUCGUGGGUACCUCGGUCCUCCAGGUAUAGAAGGAGCCACGGGAGAGAAAGGUGAACGUGGUUUCCCAGGUCUUCCAGGAGAGAUGGUUUGGACUCACAUUAUGCUGAAGGGCCAGCGUGGUGUCCCCGGGCCCCGUGGACCCCCAGGAGUCCAAGGAGAACAAGGAUUCAUUGGUUUUCCAGGACUGCAGGGCAAACCAGGUGAGGGUUCCACUGGUCCACCGGGCCCCCAGGGGCCACCUGGCUCAAGCGGCCCCAAAGGAGAACCAGGAGAGCCGGGGCCCGUCAUCGUCGGGCCCCCAGGAAAGACUGGAGCCCCAGGAAGUCCUGGAAUUGUAGGGGAACCAGGAGAACCAGGAAUACCAGACUUCCUGCCUGGAAGUGCAGGUCCUCCAGGAGCUAAAGGUCUAAAAGGCUCAAUGGGAUUUUCUGGAAUCAGAGGGAAGGAAGGACAGAUGGGUGAGAAGGGGGAGUUGUGCUCCGUCUGUCCAGUUAUUUCUGGCCCUCCAGGACCUCCAGGUAAACCAGGAGAGCCAGGUGAAGAUGGGAAACCAGGAUCAUACGGUUUUCCAGGACCCAAAGGUGACAAAGGGUUCAAAGGUGACAAAGGACCACCUGGUCCACAGGGCCCCUUUGGUAUCCCUGGCCUCCCGGGAUCCCCAGGACCUGUUGGUGAUCCUGGGAUCAUGCAGAGGGUGGGGCAGAAGGGUGAGGAUGGGGACCAGGGGGUGGCAGGACUACCAGGUGUCCAGGGGAAAGAUGGAUCUCGAGGAUUGACGGGUCCAAAAGGUGUUCUGGGACAAAAAGGAAACCCUGGGCCUCCGGGUACGAAAGGUGAGAGGGGCCCGCUGGGUGAGACUGGUCCCAGAGGACUAACAGGACAGAUGGGACCUCCAGGACUACCUGGAAUUGGGGCUCCAGGACUUCCAGGACCUAAAGGCAACGUGGGAGUCGUGGGACAGCGAGGAGUUGCUGGAAAUCCAGGUGAAAAAGGUUCUCCAGGUGAAAUCAGAACCUUUCCAGGAGAUCCAGGGCAGAAAGGAGAGAAAGGUUUAUCUGGAAAUCCUGGACCUGAAGGUGUGACAGGACUUCCAGGUGGUCCAGGAGCUAUUGGUCCAAAGGGAGAAAGAGGAGAUGUAGGAUUUUCAAUCCAGGGGCCUCCAGGGUUCCCAGGGGUCAAAGGAGUCAAGGGCCCUCCAGGAGCUCCAGGUGAUUCAAGAUUUGGUAUCAAAGGACGGGCGGGGCCGUCAGGCCCCCCAGGGAUGCCGGGGCCUAAGGGGGACAGUGGUAUUGGUUUCCCAGGUCAGCAGGGUCAGUCAGGCCCCCAGGGGGAAGAUGGAUCUGUGGGGCCCCAAGGAAACCCCGGACCCCAAGGUCUAGAUGGACCUCCAGGACCUCCAGGACAAGACGGACCUCCAGGACCCAAAGGUCGUAGCGGUCUGAAUGGUUUACCUGGUCCUGUUGGUGCUGUUGGACCAUGUUUACCCGGAGAUCCUGGACCUGAAGGAAAGCAGGGACCCAUGGGCUUCAUUGGAUUCACAGGCAUCAGGGGCUCAAAGGGUGUGCAGGGUGACCCUGGGCGGCCAGGUGUGGGAGCCCUGGGACCUCAGGGGGCUUACGGGGCCCCAGGGUUUGAUGGACCUCCAGGUCGAGUAGGAGAAAUUGGACCAAAGGGCCUGAGAGGGGCCAAUGGGGAGCCAGGAAGCAUAGGUAUCAGAGGGAACAUGGGCCUCCCAGGAGCCCCUGGGAAACCAGGGAAUUAUGGGAAGCCAGGAGAGACUGGACAGCCAGGACAGAAAGGUCAGAUGGGUGUAGAUGGGACAAGGGGUUCUCAGGGGCCUGUGGGGCCUCAGGGAGACAGAGGAGAAACCGGACCAAAGGGAUUCCAGACGGCUGUGGAGAUGUAUGGAGAUGUUGGAGACCCUGGAGCCCCUGGGCCCAGAGGUCUCACUGGUAUUAAAGGAGAGAAAGGCCUCCCAGGGCCACUGGGAGUUGAUGGCAGCAAUGGGAAACCUGGAGAUAGCGGGCCGCAAGGAAUUCCUGGAGACCCCGGCAGAGAUGGAGCGACAGGUCCUCCUGGUUCCUGUGGAGUCACCGGUAACCAAGGAGACAUGGGGAAGCCAGGUGUUAAAGGAGAGAAAGGUUGUCCAGGGCCUUGUGGGAAGCCUGGAUCAGAUGGAAUACCUGGACAAGGAGGACCUAAAGGUGCUAAAGGAGAACAAAGUCCACCUGGACCAGGGUCAAAAGGAGUUCCGGGAGAGAAGGGGAAUCUAGGAUGUUCAGGAUCACCAGGUGCAAAGGGGACACUGGGAGACAGUGGAAAUUUGGGUCCUACAGGAGAAUGUGGCCCCUGUGGCCCCAAAGGACUCUCUGGACCCCCGGGAUGCAGAGGACCUCCUGGGAUUCCUGGUGAAAAAGGUUGUGAUGGUCCUCCAGGGAAAAAUGGCCCUCAAGGACCCACCGGCCUCACAGGUAACAAGGGGGCUCCUGGAGAUCCUGGUCCAGCAGGUCCCAGAGGAAACCAGGGACAGGAUGGGAUACCAGGACCUCCCGGAGAGAAAGGAGCUAUGGGAGAUCCUGGAAUCGGACCACCGGGCCCAGAGGGGAAGAAGGGUCCACCAGGGUGCGCUGGAGAAAAGGGUCCUCCUGGUGUCUGUGGUCCACCUGGUCCCUAUGGUUCUACAGGAAACCCAGGUUGUCCUGGUCCUCCUGGACCUCCUGGUCCUCCUGGUUGUCCCGGCAGGGAGGGAGUCUGCAUUGAGGGAAGCAAAGGAGAAAACGGACUCAUGGGAUUACGCGGAUCGAAAGGUCCACAAGGCUUUCGGGGUCCGCCCGGUCCUCCAGGUCCCGGUUUUAAGGGAGAUAAAGGAAUUAAAGGAGCAACAGGUAACCCAGGACCAACUGGUUACCCUGGUGACCCUGGUCCUCAAGGCGAGCCGGGUGAAGACAGACCACCAGGCCCUCGAGGACUCAAAGGCCAGAUGGGAGAGACUGGUGUCACAGGACCUGUUGGUGUGAAAGGGGACCAGGGACCAUCAGGUAGCAGUGGCUUACGAGGACCUGCAGGACCACCUGGGAGGAGAGGCCCGAGGGGGCAAGAUGUAUCCAGGGAGGUGGUGUUGUUGCCAGGAGAUGAAGGCCCACCUGGAGGUUUGGGACCACCAGGAGAAAAAGGACCCCCAGGAGCCCAAGGGAAACCUGGAGGUCCAGGUGUUAAGGGCAUCAGAGGGAGGGCUGGGAGAAGGGGACAAGGUGGUCGUCCUGGACUGAAAGGGGAACAGGGAGACCGAGGAUUCCCCGGAUUUAAAGGUGUCGCAGGUUCACGAGGUCAGCCUGGCGCUAAAGGUAUUCGGGGUCAAUCGGGCACCUGCAGUUUCGCACCAGAGAACGACGGCUUCCUGUUCACCAGACACAGCCAGGAACUAUUUAUCCCAGAGUGUCCUGCAGGAUCUACUCAGAUGUACAGUGGAUACUCACUGCUGUUUAUCAACGGGAACAACCGAGCUCACGGACAAGACCUGGGUACGUUAGGUAGUUGUCUGCCUCGUUUUACCACCAUGCCCUUCCUGUUCUGUAGCACUGACAGCACCUGUCGCUAUGCCUCCCGCAAUGACUACUCCUAUUGGCUGUCCACUGAUGAACUACUGCCGGCCAGCAUGCCGUUAAUCUCCGGAGAUUUACUGAAGAAUUACAUCAGCCGGUGUACAGUUUGUGAGGCCAGAGCCAACGUGAUCGCCGUCCACAGUCAGACCAGUAUCAUCCCAGAGUGUCCCUCAGGCUGGGACCCGCUCUGGUCCGGGUACUCCUUUGUGAUGGAAACAGGUGUGGGGGCGGAGGGGUCAGGUCAGCCUCUGGUCUCCCCUGGAUCUUGUCUGGAAAACUUUAGGAAGAUUCCCUUCAUCGAGUGUCACGGCAGAGGAACCUGCAACUACUACACCGACUCCUACAGCUACUGGCUGGCCGCUCUCAACCCCAGUGACAUGUUCAGUAAACCGAAGCCUCAGACUGACACAGGAGAGUUUCCGGGCAGUCUGAUCAGCCGCUGUCGAGUCUGUCUGAAGCAACUGUAAACAUCAACACUGCUGAUACUACUGCUGUAAAUACUGCUGCUGCUAACACCGCUGAUACUACUGAUGUUCCUGACGCCAGCAGAGACCUGAUGAUGAUACUCAUCACGACGCCUCUGGUGUGCUACUACUAUUACUACUGCAAGUACUGCUUCAGCUGUCACUGUCACUGAUACUAACACAUCCUUCAGGUAACAGUAGCAACAUCAACACCUCAACACCAUCAGCAUCACUACUACAGUGUAGUGGUACUCGGUUACUUCAUACAUGCCCCAAGUGUUUUCUCCAGCAGUUAAACAAGAAUGUUUUGAUAUUCGACAAAGUUGUGAGUGUAAAAAAAAACUACUAGUGCUACUACUACAGUAGUAGUACUACUGCUGGCACUUAUCUACUGGUAGUUACAACCUCUAAGUGCUACUUCAUCUACUGGUGUUUGCACUCGUACUGCUAGAGCUAUGUGACUACUGCUACUGGUGCAAGUACUUCUACUGGUACGACUCACAGUUGUGAGUAUGUAGAAGAAAGUCAGUGUACACAAGUGCCACUACUACUGCCAUGUUUUCUACUGUCAUCAUCGUACUACUGCUACUAUUACUGUAUGGACUGCUACUGUUGGAAGUACUAAUGUCACCACCACUAACACGACUAACACUACUUCCGUGACUGGAGCUGCAGUUCCUCUGAGACACCACAGAAGAAGAAGCUGCAGUUCCUCCAGCAGCCAGCAGAUGGAGCUCCAAGAAAACUUGAAGUGACUUAAAAAAUAAAAAAAUCACAAGAUGAACACAGUUUUAUUCCCCGCAUGGCGACAGAGCCUGGAGCGCUCUGACUGGGAGAUUCCCAUGGCAAAGCAUGCUGGGUGUCGUAGUCAUAAUGUAGUUGGUGACUCUGCACGAAGGUUUUCUUUGUAUUCUUUACUAAAUGAUGAUAAACAUGAAAAACGAUAACACCUGUUUACAGUCUGACCAUCGUCACAUCAUCCAAAAGGCUUUUUUGUUGUACAUACUCGUAUCCUGUAAUUGUUAAAUAUCACUGAUAUAGUGUGAUAACUUUUUUUUUUGUUUUGUGAAUAUGAUUUGUGUUGAGUUUAAUAAAACAUGUUGUUUUACAGAAGUCA